AUGUUAGCUUCUUUGUUCACUUUCUUGACCCUGUUGAAUUUGGUCAUGGCCGCACCGGUCAAGAUGGAAAAGCGUUUUCAUCCUAUCUCCUUACCAUCUUUUUUGAAGAAUAUCACACUUCCUUCGUUUUUUUCAGACUUCACUUUACCUACUCAUUCGGUCAACUUCACUUUACCUACUCAUUCGGUCAACUUUACUUUACCUACCCAUUCGGUCAACUUUACUGUUCCGACUCACUCUAUCAAUUUCACCUUGCCGACUCAUUCUCACAACUUCACUCUCCCAACUCAUACGUACAACUUGACUACUCCCUCGCAUCAUUCCUUCGCACCCAACAAAACUUUGAUCGUCAUCCCCACUCCGUCCAAUGUCAACAUCUCCAUCGGUUGGGGAGUGAACGUAUCGGAUCAUCAUAACUUCACUCAUUCUCACUCUCAAAUCAUCCCUUCCGAAACACCGAAAAUCAAUAUCACCUUACCCACUCAUUCUCACCAUAACUUCUCUGUCAUCCCAUCUACCACGGUCACUGCCUCGGAUAAAGCCUCAUUCACUCAUUCGUCGCAUACUUAUUCUUACUCGACUCCGACUUUCUCAAGUCCGUCGUCGACCCAUCAUCACUCGACAAGUUUUGAGGCAGGUAGUUCGAGUUCCGAUGUCGUAUCGAGUACGUCGAGUGUGGUACCUAGUUCCAGUCCGGCGGUUGGGAGUGGUCAUCAUGGACAUUGA